GUUUUCUCUUUUUCUUUCUUUUUUUCCCUCUUGAAAGGGGAGAGAAGAAAAGAAAAAAAAAAUAAGAAAAAGAAAGCCGGAAACUUUAGCUCUUUGUUUCUUCUUUGAUUACAUAAAUUAAUAAAAACCCUACUUAGGAAAUCUCAAAUCUCAUUAUAUAAUACCUUUUCUUUUCUCCAUUUCCCUUGGCUUUUAAAAAAAAAAAAAUUCAAAUCAUUGUGUUUGGCCAUUGUGAUUGUUUAUUUACAUUGGAUUCUUGAAGGUUUCUUCUUCCUUGUCUUCUUUUUUAACGAUCAUUGCUAACUGCAUAUUGAGGAAGGAUUUGAGAUUAAAGGGUCAAAUAAAAUUCCAUUUUCUUUUUCUGUUUUUUUGAUGAAAUUGUUUACCAUUGAAUCAUUGGCUGCAUUGGGUUUUUCCCAAAUUUAAAGGUGCUGAGGGUGGUUUGGAUUGGCGAAAGCUCCAUUUUGAUGGUAUUUUUCAGAAGCCAAAACAACAGAACCGUAUAAGGAUUAAGGAGAAAAGAAAAUGGGAGUUUUAUAAUGUUAUGACAUUUGGGUGGUUAUAGAUUUCUUGGAUGUUGGGAGAAGGAAUUUAGGGUGUGUGGAAAUUGAGAGUCGUUUCGGUUUUUCCAGAUGGGAAAUGUUUGUGCUACAUUAGGGAUCUGCUCAGUAUGCGCGAGUUGUUGCGGUCCUAAACCAGCCGAAGAGGAUCAAAAGAAAACCGACAACGAAGGUGAGAAGUCCGAAACUAAAGAAGCCGAAGCUGGCGCCGCAGCUGCUGACGGUGCCGAGGUUCAGAAGGACCCCCCUGAAGAGAUGAAGAUUGUGAAGGAAGAGAAAGGACCAGGAGAAGAGACCCUAAGCCAAAGGCAAAAAUCAAAGGUUACCCAAAGACAACAAUCGUCUAUGACGAGGCAACAAUCAAUGUCAAUGUCCACGCCGAUGCAAAGACAACAAUCAACCCUCCAAAGACAACAAUCAAAGGUUACCCAAAGGCAACAAUCUAAGGCUCCCCCUCAAAGACUUGAAUCCAAACCAUCACAGGUUGCAGUUGCAGCAGCGACCGCAGCGGUGGCGGGGAAGGAAGAGGCUAAGGCUGAUGCUGCGAAACCUCGGAAGCCUCAUAAUGUGAAGAGGCAAUCAUGUGCAGGGCUGAAGGUGGAUGCUGUGUUGCAAACCAAGACAGGUAAUUUGAAGGAAUAUUAUAACUUGGGGAAGAAGUUAGGGCAAGGCCAGUUUGGGACAACUUUUCUUUGUGUGGAGAAAGGUACCGGGAAGGAGUAUGCUUGUAAAUCUAUUGCCAAAAGGAAACUUGUGACUCCAGAAGAUGUUGAUGAUGUCAAGAGGGAAAUUCAGAUAAUGCAUCACUUGGCUGGCCACCCUAAUGUUGUCACCAUCAAAGAGGCUUAUGAGGAUUCCGUGGCGGUUCAUGUUGUCAUGGAGCUGUGUGCCGGGGGAGAACUCUUUGAUAGAAUUGUACAAAGAGGGCAUUAUUCUGAAAGAAAGGCGGCUGAACUAGCAAGAACGAUAGUUGGUGUUGUGGAAGCCUGCCACUCCAUGGGAGUAAUGCAUAGGGAUCUUAAGCCUGAAAAUUUCCUUUUCGUUAAUGAACAAGAGGAUUCACCCCUUCAAGCCAUUGAUUUCGGAUUAUCGAUAUUCUUCAAGCCUGGGGAAGUCUUAUCUGAUGUGGUUGGAAGCCCAUACUAUGUUGCACCCGAGGUUUUGCAGAAGCAUUAUGGUCCAGAAGCAGAUGUGUGGAGUGCUGGAGUGAUCGUUUACAUUCUCUUGAGUGGGGUACCUCCAUUCUGGGGUGAAACUGAACAAGAGAUAUUUGAAGAGGUUUUGCAUGGUGAGCUUGACUUCACAUCUGAUCCUUGGCCUAACAUCUCUGAAAGUGCUAAAGAUUUAGUGAAAAAAAUGCUUGUCAGAGAUGCUAAAAAGCGGAUAACUGCACAUGAAGUACUGCGCCAUCCUUGGGUACAGGUUGAUGGGGUUGCUCCAGACAAGCCACUUGAUUCCGUAGUAUUAAGCCGCAUGAAGCAAUUUUCUGCAAUGAACAAGCUAAAGAAAAUGGCCUUAAAGGUCAUUGCUCAGAGACUUUCUGAAGAAGAAAUAGCAGGGUUGAAGGAAAUGUUCAAGAUGAUAGACACAGAUAACAGUGGUCAAAUCACAUAUGAUGAACUCAAAGAUGGAUUGAAAAGAUUUGGUGCAGACCUAGAUGAGUCAGAAUUCCGUGCUCUAAUGCAGGCGGCGGACGUUAAUAAUAACGGUACAAUUGACUACGAGGAAUUCGUAGCUGCAACAUUGCAUCUAAACAAGAUUGAGAGGGAAGAUAAUCUCAUGGCAGCCUUCUCGUAUUUCGACAAAGAUGGCAGUGGCUACAUCACUCAAGAUGAGCUUCAAAAAGCUUGUCAAGAAUUUGGUAUUGAGGAAAUCCACUUGGAUGAAAUGAUCGGAGAAGUUGAUCAGGACAAUGAUGGCCGGAUAGAUUACAAUGAGUUUGUGGCAAUGAUGCAGAAAGGCAACCCUGAUCUUGGUAAGAAGACCCUCGGAAUUAGAGAGGCAUUGCCACCUAGCUGACGAAAUACAAUCCUUUAGGGCUUUUUCUUUAGUGUUCAAUUUUUUUUUAUUUGCCCCAAAACUCAUCAAAUUUUGAGGCUGAUCAAUUCCUUCAUUCAUUCAUUCAUUUCAUCAGGAAAUCCUUCCCUGAGCCCUUAUUGUUCCUGAAAAUGCAUGUACAAAUUUUUUAGACCCCUGCUGCAUUGACUCAUCUUGUUUUCAUCCAUUUUUAUAGUACAAAUAUAAUAAAUUUAUA